CGAGUGUGUGUGUCACGCCUAGACCACGGCUAUGUUACAGAGAACGAUCAUAUAGCACCGCCAUCAUGGAUACCGAUUUCGACGAAACAUAUGUUCUACUUCUCCUCGCAGACUCUAAUCUACCCACGGGCUCAUUCGUCGCGUCCUCUGGGUUCGAGUCCUAUGAAACGCAUGGAUUCUUAUCUCUUCCAUCCACAUCAAAUGCGGGAAAGGGAAGAGCAGCUACGGCGGGCACAGUCGCCUUCAUUCAAGACAGCCUGCAUACCUACGCCCGAAGUGCUCUUCCAUUUGUUUCAGAUGCCCAUCGCGCAGUAGAUGCAUUCAAGAAUCUCAAGGGCAAGCUAGACAUCGGCCAUGACGCUACAAUCAAGAAAUUGCUUGAGCUGGACGAGCUGUACGAAACCAUGACACUCAAUCAUGUAGCUAAGCGCGCCUCGAAAGCCCAGGGGGUAGCACUCCUCACACUAUACACAAAAGGGUUUGCUCGCCCUUCAGGCCCCAGUGAUGAAGACCAUCUCUCAAAGAGCUUGACCGUCCUUAUCGAUCGUCUGAAAUUGAUGGUUCGCGGAGAAGAGACGCAUGGCCAUCUACCCAUGUGCUGGGGCGUGCUGACCGGUGCUCUUGGGAUAUCACUUUUGCGAGCGCAGCACCUUUUUCUAUUUCUCCAUGCACGUUCACUUCUCUCCUCAGCGAUUCGUUUGAAUACGAUAGGACCCUACAGUUCCCAGCAACUUUUGCUCCACUCAGUGAGACCACUGGUCGAGGAGGAAGUGUCACAGAAUAAGGAUAUGCAUACCGGAAUUUUUAUGGACAUGCAUCACAAUGAUGUAGAUAAUCGGCCUGCUACGACAUGGCCCCUUGGCGAAAUCCUCGCUGUUCGACAUGAUUUACAGCACUCGAGAAUAUUUAAUAGCUGAUGAGAACUGUACGUCGCUUUUUAAACUUGGUGGAAGAUGAAUUUCCCUUAUACAGCUACC